CGACACUACAAAAUAAUACAAUUUCCCCGACUCUGCACUAAUACAGUGCACUGGGCCAAGGUUCGAAACAUACCCAGAUGACCGGGACGCGGACCACUGAGCGCACAGGAAUGACAGAACCGCGACUCGGCUGUAGGUAGGUACAGCACUGACAGUGCCCCAGGCGGAAGUGUUAUUUUAGUGUCCAGAACUGACACAUUUCCAAGAGGUAGGCUAAUAUUUUAUUUUUUAAAACGGAAUGAUAGCAUAGCCUAUUGUUGCAAGGAGACAGCGAUGUUUGCCUGUAGCCCACUAUUUUGACGAUCUUCCAAAGUCUAGUUUUGCCGACCAUGUUGCUUCAAGAAUUUAUGAAGUAUCUCGGUGUCACAUGACAUCAUCACACAAUAGGUCUGGCACUUGUAAACUAGUCAUGUGAAAGGAUGAUAGUAGCCUAAAUUACAUGUCGUGCUGUGACCCCAAUGUUGUCUUCAUCCGUAUAUUCCAGAGUGCGGAAUGCGAUUCCGGCCCUCCUACCUAAGGAAAGAUGAGGGCAUGGUGGCUUCUUGUGGGCUUGCUGUGCAUUCCUCUGCUGGCGGUCUACCUCCACCUCCCUCCUCCCCAACUGUCCCCUGCUCUCCUGACCUGGCACUCUGCCGGAGCAUUCUUCACUUUCAGGGGCAACAAUAUAUUCUACAGAGGUAAGAUUUGGCAUCAGUAAGAGUAGAAUGGAGGGAUAGGGUCUAUUCUCAUUUGAUUCAUAUUAUAUAAAUCCAACCAUUGUACAUUUUGAAAUUGAACUUGCUUAUGAAUCCAUAUCCCUAUCCCCUGCACAUACCUGAUAGUGGUGCACUGUACUGAUCUUUAAAGACUAAUUGAAUGUGUGAUUGAACCAAUUGCACUUUAUGGCAGCGAGGUGUGUGGUACACUUGCAAAUCAAGAUUUCACCCAAUGGGACAAACACCCCAUUGAAACCCUGCAUGCAGAGUUCUGUAACAUUCUCCUACAUGUCCAGAGGAAAACUACAAACAAUGCAUGCAGGGCAGAAUUAGGCAAAUAUCCAAUAAUAAUAAUACAAACUAAAAAAAGAGCAAUUAAGUUUUUGAAACAUCUCAUAGCAUUACCAAGCCCUGCAAUGGCAAGAGCUGAGCAAAGAAGAGUCCCCUCAUCCAGCUGGUCCUGGGGCCGAGUUCACAAGCCUGUUCUACUAACACACUGAAGCCUCAGGACCAGAACAUCCAAUCAAUCAGAAUAAACUAAAUUACAACACAGUCAAAACAAAACUACAUUACUUAUUGGGAACACAAGCACAAAGCAAAAUGCAGUGUUAUCUGGGCCUAAAUCGACAGUACACAUGGCAAACUAUUUGACCAUGGUUACUGAUCAAAACCUUAGAAAAACCUUGGCAAAGUACAGGCUCAGUGAGCACAGCCUUGCCAUUGAGAAGGGUAGACACAGGAAAACCUGUCUCCCUGUAGAUGAAAGGCUGUGCAACUACUGCGCCACCGCAAACCCAAGACAGAGCUGCAUUUCCUGACAAAAUGUCAAAAAUAUAAAACAAUUAGUGUCAUUUCCCCAAAUUUGAAACCCUUAUUCAAGGUUUCAAAGACCUCUCUGAUGAGAAUAGGUUACCCGUCCUGUUGGGGGAGGACGCAGAGAGCUGUGGGUUGGCAACGCACUACAUUGCUGCCUGCCAUAAAAUGAGGGACAGUGUCUGACAGACUAACCAACCUGCACAUGUCCUCUAUGCCAUUGUCAUUGUUCAGUGUAUGGUUAUUUUGACCCUUGGUUAUUGUUGUUCAGUUGACAAUAUUGAUUAUUAUUAUUUUAAUUAUGUUAAUAUUGUAAUUCUCCAAAGUAAGCUUUGGCAAUAUGUACAUUGUUACGUCAUGUCAAUAAAGCAAAUGUAAUUUAAUUGACAGGAGCGGUGAAAGCAGUAUGGAAAAUGUAUGCACUCACUAACUGUAAAUCGCUCUGGAUAAGAGCGUCUGCUAAAUGACUAAAAUGUAAAUGUAAAUUAUUGGGAAGUGUACUGUAAUGUAUUUGACCUGUCCAGUUGUCACAGAUUAAUGUGGACAAAAGAAAGAGGAAGAAACUGAGCUUUAAUUAGCAUUCCUUUACAUUAUUGAGAUGCAUGCAGUGAUGCGCGGACUACUGUACAUUAUUGAGAUGCAUGCAGUGAUGCGCGGACUACUGUACAUUAUUGAGAUGCAUGCAGUGAUGCGCGGACUACUGUACAUUAUUGAGAUGCAUGCAGUGAUGCGCGGACUACUGUAGCCAUCUAGUGUCUCCUUUAAAUCAGUACAGUGAACAGUCUGGACUGCUAAAAGUUGGAGCCCAUGUUCAGAUUAGUCAUAAUUUUAGCCCUUUACUUUACUGACCUUCAUUGACCUAUGUAACAUUUUCAUGGUACAGUGCCUUGCAAAAGUAUUCAUCCCCCUUGGCGUUUUUCCUAUUUUGUUCCAUUACAACCUGUAAUUUAAAUUGAUUUUUAUUUGGAUUUCAUGUAAUGGACAUACACAAAAUAAUCCAAAUUGGUGAAGUGAAAUUAAAAAAAUAACUUGUUUCAAAAAAUUCUACAAAAUAAAUAACGUAAAAGUGGUGCGUGCAUAUGUAUUCACCCCCUUUGCUAUGAAGCCCCUAAAUAAGAUCUGGUGCAACCAAUUACCUUCAUAAGUCACAUAAUUAGUUAAAUAAAGUCCACCUGUGUGCAAUCUAAGUGUCACAUGAUCUCAGUGUAUAUACACCUGUUCUGAAAGGCCCCAGAGUCUGCAACACCACUAAGCAAGGGGCACCAUGAAGACCAAGGAUCUCUCCAAACAGGUCAGGGACAAAGUUGUGGAGAAGUCAGAUCAGGGUUGGGUUAUAAAAAAAUAUCAGAAACUUUGAACAUCCCACGGAGCACCAUUAAAUCCAUUAUUAAAAAAUGGAAAGAAUAUGGCAGCACAACAAACCUGCCAAGAGAGGGCCGCCCACCAAAACUCACGGACCAGGCAAGGAGGGCAUUAAUCAGAGGCAACAAAGAGACCAAAGAUAACCCUGAAGGAGCUGCAAAGCUCCACAGUGGAGAUUGGAGUAUCUGUCCAUAGGACCACUAUAAGCCGUACACUCCACAGAGCUGGGCUUUACGGAAGAGUGGCCAGAAAAAAGCCAUUGCUUAAAGAAAAAAAAUAAGCAAACACAUUUGGUGUUCGCCAAAAGGCAAGUGGGAGACUCCCCAAACUUAUGGAAGAAGGUACUCUGGUCAGAUGAGACUAAAAUUGAGAUUUUUGGCCAUCAAGGAAAACACUAUGUCUGGCGCAAACCCAACACCUCUCAUCACACUGGAGAACACCAUCCCCACAGUGAAGCAUGGUGGUGGCAGCAUCAUGCUGUGGGGCUGUUUUUCCAUCGACAGGGAAACUGGUCAGAAUUGAAGAAAUGAUGGAUGGCGCUAAAUACAGGGAAAUUCUUGAGGGGGGGUGAAUAGUUAUGCACACUCAAGUUUUGUUCUGUUCCACAAAUUAUUUUGCAUCUUCAAAGUUGUGUACAUCAAAUGAUACAACCCCCCAAAAAAAGUCAUUCCAGGUUGUAAGGCAACAGAAUAGGAAAAAUGUCAAGGGGGGUGAAUAGUUUCGCAAGCCACUGUAUGUGAUGAACGAUGUGUAUGCUUGACUUUUUCCUCUUUCAGAAACCUAUGGUGCUGUAGGCAGCUCUGAUGUAGUCAUCCUCCUCCAUGGCUUCCCUACCUCCAGCCUUGACUGGUACAAGGUAUGCUGAUAAGAGAAAGGGGCUUGUGUCUAGAAUUAUGCACAGAUUUGAUCAAUUGGUUUGCUGGGAUAGCUCUUAUUCCAUUAUUGUACAAUCUGAUGGUAGAUUGUGAACAGGGCCAUGUUCAAUAGUGCACACUGUAGCAUAUUGCUUUGCAACAGGAAAUGAAAACAAGCAUUUUGACAAGUUCAGGUAGUACCCAAUUUCAGUUGUCUUAUGAACAUGAUCCAGGUAUCUGGACAGGUGUCUUAAUGCCAGGUGUGUUUCUGUCUUACAGAUAUUGGAGCCCCUGAAUCAGCGCUUUAACCGAGUCAUUGCUCUGGACUUCCUUGGCUUUGGCUUCAGUGACAAACCUGUGAGUCGCAAGCUAUGACAGACUUGAGUUGUGGGCUAUACUGUCUAGGAGGCAUUGGUUAGAAAGCCAGGGAAUCAACCAGGGAGAGAAACUUACACAUUAACCCACAAACAGUGCCAACAGUAAUGACAAAGCAAGUGAACAUGCAUUAGCAGAAGUUAUCCAAAUAGGCACUUUUUGCUCUAGCUAAGGUUCUCACCUAUACUGACAUGAUGUCUCCCUGACAGAGGCCCCACCGCUACUCCAUCUUUGAGCAGGCCAGCGUUGUGGAGACGUUGGUGUCCCACCUGGGUCUGACAGAGCGGAGGGUCAACCUGCUCUCCCACGACUACGGAGACACUGUGGCCCAGGAACUACUCUACAGCUCAGCUCAGCACUGCUGCACCAAGUAGAAUCAAGUUGCCCCUAGACACUGAUCUUGGGUCAGUUUGCAUUCCCCCCCCCCACUAAUGGUUAAGGUUAGGCUUGGAAACCAAUCCUGGAGGAACCAUCAGUACUGAAAGGGCUGUAUCUCAAUAGUCUAUUGUUUUCCCUUCAAUUACCUGACAACAGGAAAGUUGAAAUAUGGUGGAUGCUAUAGAUCUUUUUCCAACUGACCCCUUCCCCAUCUUUGUAUCUCACAGGAGUGACCACAACAGGACAGGACACUUGACCAUCAACAGCCUCUGUCUGUCCAAUGGAGGUAGAGUACAGUUCCAGCUCUUUUCCUGAUUGGCUACAGGUAGCACAAAUGGCCAAACAUACUUUAGUAAGAUGUACCAUUUUAAAUGGACAAACCAGACAAAAGAAUAGAUUUAAAGUAAUUUAUUCAAAGUUGUAGAGCACCAUAACCAAAUGAUACCAGGAUCCAGGUUAAUACAGAGCUGCUGAGCCAGGAGAAAAAAAAAAAAUCAAAAUUAAAGCUGCAACACAUCAGAAAUUAAAUGACAGAAAUCAACCUUACCUAGUAGCCAUGUAGUGACCAUACUGAUGGUACCCAGACAAAUACACCCUGGGAAGACUCCAACCAGACACCACCCUUAGCCUGGGAACAACCAUGGUUGUAGCCAACAAGAAAUAUGGAUUAUUAAUGAAGUUGCAUCAAUACUAAGAAAUCAUUAACAUAAACCAGAAGAUAUCAGAACCUUACCUUGUUGUUCUGCUCAUGCCAAGGAAUCUUGUUAGAGCCGGGGCCCCAAUGGUGCAGUAAAGGGUCUUCUCCACCCUGGAAAGACUCCCCACUAGGCUCUGGCGCUUCAGGCUCUGGCGCUUCAGGCUCUGGCGCUUCAGGCUCUGGCGCUUCAGGCUCUGGCGCUUCAGGCUCUGGCGCUUCAGGCUCUGGCUGUUCUUCCUGAACCUGCUGGUUGCUGCUGGAGCUGACACGAGCUAGUCGGUAUGGAACAGGAAUAGAGCCUUCAGCCUCACCCUUAGGAGGAGGCAGCAUAUGCUCGUCGGUCUCGCUCCGACUAUUGCCGUGCUCAUAGACUCUCUCAAAGUGAGAGAUCUCCCCUGCCUGGAACUCUAGGUCAGCAGGAUCAGGGUGUGACCCUCUUCGAUGGAGAGAGCUGGUCCUAUAAACUGGGGAAGGAACAAACAAAUGUUAGUUAAUGUUGAUUUCAGAUAAAUGAAGAUCUUCUAAAAACUCAAGCAAACAGAGCACUCUAAUGUUGCUCUUACCUUGUUGAUAAGGAUAGCAAAGAACAUCCCAGCUCAGCAAAGCAAGGAGGAGGCCCCUACAGACAAAGGGGUUGAAUGUUAACCAACAUACUCAAAGUAUUGCAAGUAAUGAACGUAACAUUGAGCUUGCCACUAUCUUACCCUGAGCCAAUACUAGCAGCCAUGAUGCCCAAUGAACAGUGCUGGUGAAGAGACUCUGGAGUGUAUUUAUAUGUUGUGUGUAGCGUACAACCUUUAACCAAUCAGAGCCUGAUUAGAUAAAGAUGGGCAGCUGGUGUAAACUCACCUGUCUUGUCCGAUUAUAAAUAUAUAUUUUUUACUAAGGCUGCGUUUACCCAAGCAGCCCAAUUCUAAUCUUUUGUCCACUAAUUGGUCUUUUGACCAAUCACAUCAGCUAUUUUUCAGAGCUGACCUGAUUGGUCAAGAGACCAAUUAGUGAAAAAAAGAUCACAAUUGCAGCCUAUGACACCUGCAGCUGUGGCCCGCAGGCUGCUAUUUGAGUAUCUGGGCUAGGCUGGAACUAAAGCCUGCACACCCUGCUUCUCGCACCAGAGUUGCUCACCCUUGGAUUAAUUCAAUUCAGUGAUUUUCUGUUCUUACAAAUUCCUCUACUCCGAGUCAUACACACUAUACCGCAAUAGUUUCCUAUGGGUUAGUGCUAUCUGGAAUCCUUGGGACAUCCCUACCCUAAACUCUAAUCCCCUCAAACUGAACUCUGGACCUCAGAGACAGUUCCACUGCAUUUUUUCAUUGUUCCCCUCUAAUCAGGGACUGAUUUAGACCUGGGACACCAGGUGUGUGCAAUUAAUUAGCAGGUAGCACAGAAAACCCCUACCCUAACCCUUUAAAAUCUAAACGUCAAUGGGGGAGGGGUAGGGAUGUCCCAAGGAUCCCGGAUAGCAAGGACCAUUUCAUAUGUGUACAAAGUAGAUUACCGGGGCCCCGUGUAGCUCAGUUGGUAGAGCAUGGCGCUUGCAACGCCAGGGUUGUGGGUUUGUUUCCCACGGGGGGCCAGUAUGAAAAAGUAUGAAAAUGUAUGCACUCACUAACUGUAAAUCGCUCUGGAUAAGAGCGUCCUGCUAAAUGACUAAAAUGUAAAUGUGACUCCAUGUAAAAGUGACACAUUGCUUUGAUAGCCUUUGUCUUACUGUUAACUUGCCAUGUUUGGUUAUGUAGUAUUUUAUGUAUGUUUUUCUUAAACAGGAAUAUUCCCUGAAACACACCAUCCCAGAUUCCUUCAGAAGGUUAGUCAACAUUUACUGUGGAUAUUCUGGAUUAUGACUGCUUAUUGUUGUUCUGUUGGAUCAUCGCCAUGCUGUUUCCCACACAGCUCCUCAAGGACUCCAGCUUCCUCUCUUCUGUGCUGACCCGUCUCACCAACUACAUGGUCUUCUCUAAAGGGUACAUGCCUGUGUUCUCACAUACAGUAUACGUUUCCUGAUACUGUACACAUUGCUUGAAUCUUUAACAUGGACACAGAAGAGACACAUGAGCUCAAGCUAACAGGGUUACAGCAAGGGGCUCGGUCAUUGAUAUUUUUCAUUGUGUAAUUUGAAUUAUCUGCAAUCAAACAUUGAGUACGUUUACAUGCACAGUCAUACUUCGAUAUUAAACUGAUUAUGGCAGUAGGCAGAUUAUGCAAUAUUCAUAUAAACACUUUACUCUGUUUAUCUUGAUCGGUGUGGGGUCAAAAUCUAAGUAUAUGACAAUUACCUGGUUUUCAGAAUAUUUUUUUUGAAUUAUUAGUACAGGUAAACACCUUCAUCGGAGUUCCAGCGGUGCAUUUGAUCUGCGCAUGUGCUGGCUAGCGUCUACACGCUGGAAUUAAUAUGCACGGUAGUGAAUGAGAGAACGGACUGCACAUUAGUUGGCGGCAUGCAACUUUAACGUUUGUUUGCGGACCGCCAUUAUAUAAUAGAAGAAGAGAACGGGCGAGCGUUAACGGCAUCAUAGCGUGUCAAAUUAAAAAACAAUGCUGGUAAAAGGAGCGGAUAAAUUGCCAGAAAAUAAUAAUAAAUGUUUGUGUAUUGUUACGUCUAGAAUUGUGACAUGUUUAGUUAAAGUAUCUAUUUAGUGUUACGUUUUAACUGCCAGUGCCAAAUAAUGCAUAUUUGAAAACUAUAACGUUAUGCCUACCUGUGUUGAUUUCGAUCACAGCCAUAUAGCUUGGGCUAGGAAACUCGAGGAACUCUGAUUUCAAGAGAGAAUACUGGUAUGUAGAAAGAAUAAGACUAGCUACAUUCUUUAUAAACUGCUCGGGUGUAUUAGCAACAACUCCCCUCACAUUCGUGAGCUAACAUAACUGUUUAAAGCUGGCAUGUACGGAGGCUGCUGUAGGACAUAUAAGGUUACUCAAAAGGAACACAGCAAUAAUUCAUAAGGGCUACAUAGCGAACAUAACAUAUACAACUGUUUUAUGGAUUGACAAUUAAAUUGGCAUAUGCUACGCUGUGUAUGUGAAUUGACGCACUCUAAUCUCGCAAGCAAAUGUUGAUGGCGUCUCUGUGGUUUCGGCUUCAGAAAUAGUUUUCACAUACAAACUUGAUAUGUCCGAAUUUAGAAUCAAAUAUGCUUCCCAAAAAUAACGUGGUCGCGGUGGUAGAUUUUUUUAUUUUUAAUUUUUUUAGUUGAUACUUUUACCCCUUUUUCUCCCCAAUUUCGUGAAAUCCAAUUGGUAGUUAGACUUUAAUUUUGAUUGGCGAUUUUCUGCAUUUAUCAGAGUGCCAUCAGGUAUCCUGAUUUCCGACAUGUCCAUGUAAACACGAUUAUUAGGGAGAUCGUUAUUCUUGCAAAGCAUGUAAACAUUUGAAUCGAACUAUUAUAUUAAUGACUAUCCACAAUAAUUAUUGUGUGCAUGUAACCGUAAAAUGACAUAUUUACAGUAAGAUAACAUUGUUGGCAAUGUGGGCCAGCUCUAGUUAUGUGCAUUCAGCUAAAUAAUAAACCCCUCAACCAUUUUACUGUUUCAAAGCUGUACACAACAUUUUAUUUAAAUGGUAUGAAGGUAUUUAUAUUUGUUGCAAAGCAUAGCUUACGAAAUAAACCGAGUAAAAACAUGGAGGAUUACCUAACCAGUGUAAAGAUAUAGCAUUUACCCUGUUUACUGUUGGUUUCAUGUCAGGCUUGGGGACGUGUUUGGUCCUUACACCCAGCCCACAGACGCUGAGUUCUUCGACAUGUGGACAGGGGUCCGCUUCAAUGAUGGGAACCUGGUCAUGGACAGGUACUGUACCGUACACUGUGUUUUCAGACCUCACUAGUUAAAUGCCUUUACAUACGGAAUAGAGUAGACACUAGACAGAUCUCUGUGUUUUCAGACCUCACUAGUUAAAUGCCUAUACAUACGGAAUAGAGUAGACACUAGACAGAUCUGACUCAUUUGAAACUAACAUGGCUAGUCAAAUUUGGUGUUAUUUGAUACAUUGUUAUAGGUGGAAAAAAAAUAUUUCAAAAAUGAAUUUUAACCCAACCAAAUUGCACUGAAUAAAUGUGCACAUUUUCCAUCCAAAUUAUAAUAUACUGUAUAUAAACAGAUAAUUGUUUCCAUAUGCAUAGAUAAUGUUGUAAUCCUUGUACUUUUCUUUUGAUUGCAUUGAUUAAGAUAAGCUAGUUUCCCGUUUCUCCCUAUACAGUGACUGAUAAAAGUGAUUGACUGAUUGAUCUGUGAUUUAAUAGUGAUGGUAAUAAGAUUGCAUAUCCCUUCUCCACAUAGUAUCCUGCAGUUUAUUAACCAGAGGGACAAGCACAGAGACAGAUGGGUUGGUGCUCUCACCUCUACUUUCAUCCCUGGUGAGUACUGUCUGUCUAGUUGCUGAGCAAUGAUGAAACAUCAAUGCCUGGUUUAUGUGAAGUCUGUUACACAAGAGUGUCUCGUUAUGAAUGAACCUUUGAUAACUGAAUGAUAACUAAAAAUGAUAUAAUCUCAUAUAGAUGAGUGAUAUACAGUGCCAUCAUAAGAGUAUUCACACCCCUUGACUUUUUUCCACGUUUUGUUGUUACAGCCUGGAUUUAAAAUAAUAAAAAAUGGAUUCAAUUUAGAUUUUGUGUCACUGAUCUACACACAAUACCCUAUAAUGUCAAAGUGGAAUUGUGUUUUCUGAAAUUUUUACUAAUGAAUAAAAAGUGCCUUGAGUCAAUAACUGUUCAAUUCCUUUUGUUAUGACAAGCCUAAAUAACUUCAGGAAUAAAAAUGAAUUUAACAAGUCAGAUAAUAAGUUGCAUGGACUAACUCUGUGUGCAAUAAUAGUGUUAACAUGAUUUUUGAGUGACUACUCCAUCUCUGUACUCCACACAUACAAUUAUCUGUAAGGUUCCUCAGUCGAGAACAGAUUCAAGGAAAAAGAUCAGGGAGGUUUUCCAAUGCCUUGCAAAGAAGGGCACCUAUUGGUAAAUAAAAAAUUAAUUUAAAAAAGCAGACUUUGAUUAUCCCUUUUGAGCAUGGUGAAGUUAUUAAUCAGACUUUGGAUGGUGUAUCAGUACACCCAGUCACUACAAGGAAAAUUACUUUCUAAAACUAGCCGCCAAAAUUGUCGCAACCCCUAUUACUAGCCUGUUCAACCUCUCUUUCGUAACGUCUGAGAUCCCCAGAGAUUGGAAAGCUGCCGCGGUCAUCCCCCUCUUCAAAGGGGGUGACACUCUAGAUCCAAACUGUUACAGACCCAUAUCCAUCCUGCCCUGCCUUUCAAAAGUUUUUGAAAGCCAAGUCAACAAACAGAUCACCGACCAUUUCGAAUCCCACCGUACCUUCUCCGCUAUGCAAUCCGGUUUCCGAGCUGGUCAUGGGUGCACUUCAGCCACGCUCAAGGUCCUAAACGAUAUUAUAACCGCGAUCGAUAAUAGACAGUACUGUGCAGCCGUUUUCAUUGACCUGGCCAAGGCUUUCGACUCUGUCAACCACCGCAUUCUAUUGGCAGACUAAAUAGCCUUGGUUUCUCAAAUGACUGCCUCGCCUGGUUCACCAACUACUUCUCAGAUAGAGUUCAAUGUGUCAAAUCGUAGGGCCUGUUGUCUGGACCUAUGGCAGUCUCUAUGGGGGUGCCACAGGGUUCAAUUCUUGGGCCGACUCUUUUCUCUGUGUAUAUCAAUGACGUCGCUCUUGCUGCUGGUGACUCUCAGAUCCACCUCUACGCAGACGACACCAUUUUGUAUACAUCUGGCCCUUCAUUGGACACUGUGUUAACAAACCUCCAAACGAGCUUCAACACUCCUUCAGUAGCCUCCAACUGCUCUUAAACACUAGUAAAACUAAAUGCAUGCUCUUCAACCGAACGCUGCUUGCACCCGCCCACCCGACUAGAAUCACUACUCUCGACGGGUCUGACCUAGAGUAUGUGGACAACUACAAAUAUCUAGGUGUCUGGUUAGACUGUAAACUCUCCUUCCAGACUCACAUUAAGAAUCUCCAAUCCAAAGUUAAAUCUAGAAUCAGUUUCCUAUUUCGCAACAAAGCCUCCUUCACUCAUGCUGCCAAACAUGCCCUCGUAAAACUGACUAUCCUACCGAUCCUUGACUUCGGCGAUGUCAUUUACAAAAUAGCCUCCAACACUCUACUCAGCAAAUUGGAUGUUGUCUAUCACAGUGCCAUCCGUUUUGUCUCCAAAGCCCCAUAUAAUACCCACCACUGUGACCUGUACGCUCUUGUUGGCUGGUCCUCACUACAUAUUCGUCGCCAAACCCACUGGCUCCAGGCCAUCUAUAAAUCACUGCUAGGCAAAUCCCCGCCUUAUCUUAGCUCAUUGGUCACCAUAGCAACACCCACCCGUAGUCUGCGCUCCAGCGGGUAUAUCUCACUGGUCAUCCCCAAAGCCAACACCUCCUUUGGCCGCAAUUCCUUCCAGUUCUCUGCUGCCAAUGACUGGAACAAAUUGCAAAAAUCUCUGAAGCUGGAGACACUUAUCUCCCUCACUAACUUUAAGCAUCAGUUGUCAGAGCACCUUACCGAUCACUGCACCUGUACACAGCCCAUCUGAAAUUAGCCCGCCCAACUACCUCAUCCCCAUAUUGUUAUUUAUUUUGCUCAUUUGUACCCCAGUAUCUCUAUUUGCACAUCAUCUCUUGCACAUCUAUCAUUCCAGUGUUAAUACUAAUUGUAAUUAUUUUGCACUAUAGCCUAUUUUAUUGCCUUACCUCCAUAACUUGCAAAAUUUGCACACUGUAUAUUAUAUGUAUUUCUGUUGUAUUUUUGACUUUGUUUUGUUUUACCCCAUAUGUAACUCUGUGUUGUUGUUUUUAUCGCACUGCUUUGCUCUAUCUUGGCCAGGUCGCAGUUGUAAAUGAGAACUUGUUCUCAACUGGUUUACCUGGUUAAAUAAAGGUGAAAAAAAAAGAUACAGAUGUCCUUCCUAACUCAGUUGAUGGAGAGGAAGGAAACCGCUCAGGGAUUUCAACAUGAGGCCAAUGGUGGUUUUAAACCAGUUACAGAGUAUAAUGGCUGUGAUAGGAGAAAACUGAGUAUGGAUCAAAAACAUUGUAGUUACUCCACAAUACUAACCUAAUUUACAGCAUGAAAAUAAGGAUGCCUGUUAAGAAUACAAAUAUUCUAAAACGCAUCCUGUUUGCAAUAAGACACUAAAGUAAUACUGCAAAAAAUGUGGCAAAGAAAUUAGCUUUAUGUCCUGAAUACAAAGCAUUAUGUUUGGGGCAAAUCCAACACAUCACUGAGUACCACUCUUCAUAUUUUCAAGCAUGGUGGUGGCUGCAUCAUGUUAGGGGUAUGCUUGUCAUCGGCAAGGACUAGGGAUUUAAAAAAAUUUGUAGGAUUAAAAAACAAACAGAAUAGAGCUAAGCACAGGCAAAAUCCUAGAGGAAAACCUGGUUCAGUCUGCUUUCCAACAGACACUGGGAGACAAAUCCACCUUUCAGCAGGACAAUAACCUAAAACAUAAGGCCAAAUAUACACUGGAGUUACUUAGCAAGAUGACGUUGAAUGUUCCUGAGUGGCCUAAAUUACAGUUUUGACUUAAAUCGGCUUGAACUAUGUCAAGACUUCAAAAUGUCUGUCAAGCAAUGAUCAACAACCAACUUGACAGAGCUUGAAGAAUUCUUAAGAAUAAUGGGCAAAUAUUGUACAAUAUAGGUUUGCAAAGCUCUUAGACAUACCCAACAAGGCUCACAGCUGUAAUCGCUGCCAAAGGUGAUUAUAACAUGUAUUGACUCAGGGGUUUGAAGACCUAUCUUAUAUUACUGUUUUAUUUUCCAUUACAAUAAAUGUUAGAAUUUUUCUACCAUACAUACUGUAAAUAAAGUCUGAUUGGAAAGACAGAGGUAUGGGAAUCAUUCAUAAGUCACUCAUGCUUUUAAUGAUUACAUCCACCAUUGUACAGAUUUUAAUAUGCACACAUUUAGAGAAUAUUUCACAGUGAAGAUUCUCAAAUUCUCGUGUCCAUGUAAUUUUUUGUCAAUGCACCUCUUCUGUGUCAUUCAGUCUAUUGUUCAUCCCUUGCUGCUGCUUCAAAUGGACUUCUUCCCUUCUCUCACUUCCAUGUCUGCUCUCAAGAACCUCAAGGGGGGCUAGACCCCUGCUUUUUUUACGAUUGUAUACACACAAGCAGGGCCCUCCUGUAGCUCAGUUGGUAGAGCAUGGCGCUUGCAACGCCAGGGUUGUGGGUUCGAUUCCCACGGGGGGCCAGUAUGAAAAAUGUAUGCGCUCACUAACUGUAAGUCGCUCUGGAUAAGAGUGUCUGCUAAAUGGCAAAAAUGUAAUCGCUGCCAAAGGUGAUUAUAACAUGUAUUGACUCAGGGGGUUGAAGACCUAUCUUAUCCAAAUAUAUUACUGUUUUAUUUUCCAUUACAAUAAAAAAAAUUCACAUUUUUCUUCCACUUUGACAGAGUAUUUUGGGUAAAUCGUUGACAAAAGACAAUUACAUCUAUUUUAAUCGCACUUUGUAGCACAAGAAAAUGUGGAAAAAGUCAAGGACUGUGAAUAAUUUCUGAAGGUUCUGUAAUGACAGAAGGGCAAUGGCAGGAAGUUUCAAGGAUAAUGAUGUACUCUGUCCGUCAUUAAUUUAACUCAAUCACUGCUGUUCUAUCCGUUGACGUUGAUUUCCUGCAAUGGGUAAGUUUGUGCCUACUAUGAAACUGCACAAAUACAAGUUACAGUGCCAUGUCAGUUAGUACACUGAAGUUCUGAAUGCCGUUGUACAGUGCCUGUAAGCGGUAAAUCUCCCCUCUGGUUUAAACUGAGGUGACCAGCGAGUCAGUCAAUGAGGCUAAGCUACUUAGCGCAGACUAAUACCUCCCAGGAGUUUAUUAGCCCAUCUGUGCCCCAUUAAGGUUAGCUGGUAGUGGUGUGAUCCAUACCUCCCUCCCUACUACACGUGGUCCCCAUCCCCAUAGAAUCCUGUUCAACACACUAGCUGUUGAUACGUCAAGUCAAACUCCCCCCCCCCCCCCCCCCCCCCGUUAACCUCUAACCCCUCUUCCAUAAUCCCUCUCCCUGACUGUCAUCUCUCUACCCCUUCUUCAGCUUCAUAUCCCCCCCACCCCUAGGACCCCUGGUCCGUCACCCUCACCCCCAAUCUCCUACCUUUCAAACCUCCCUGACGUAGUUUCGCAAUGUCUUGGCCCUGGAUCCUCACCUCACCCCAAUUCAUCCUCCUUACCGUAGGCACUCUCCUCUCUACUAUGACAUGUUGCGUUAUUAAAGGUGUUAGUGAGAGUUUCAUUCACAGGCACUGGGUCAUUGCUUAGGGUUGGAUUGAAAAAUCCUGUUUUUUUCCUGUCUCAAAUAAGGGAAAGGGGGAUACCUAGUCAGUUGUACAACUGAAAUAGGAUCUAAUGUUUGGUCGAUGACUAAAACGUGAUAUUAAUUUAAUAAUUUCUAUGGCGUAUCAAGUUUUAUUUUGUCGUAGGGUACAUAAGGUAGUACCUCUUCUCCUGUUGUUGGAGCACGAGCCUGUGUAUUCCUUCUAAUGUCUGCAAUAAUACCAGAAAUGAAAAGCCCUACACACAGACAAAGUACACUGCUCAAAAAAAUAAAGGGAACACUAAAAUAACACAUCCUAGAUCUGAAUGAAUGAAAUAAUCUUAUUAAAUACUUUUUUCUUUACAUAGUUGAAUGUGCUGACAACAAAAUCACACUAAAAUUAUCAAUGGAAAUCAAAUUUAUCAACCCAUGGAGGUCUGGAUUUGGAGUCACCCUCAAAAUUAAAGUGGAAAACCACACUACAGGCUGAUCCAACUUUGAUGUAAUGUCCUUAAAACAAGUCAAAAUGAGGCUCAGUAGUGUGUGUGGCCUCCACGUGCCUGUAUGACCUCCCUACAACGCCUGGGCAUGCUCCUGAUGAGGUGGCGGAUGGUCUCCUGAGGGAUCUCCUCCCAGACCUGGACUAAAGCAUCCGCCAACUCCUGGACAGUCUGUGGUGCAACGUGGCGUUGGUGGAUGGAGCGAGACAUGAUGUCCCAGAUGUGCUCAAUUGGAUUCAGGUCUGGGGAACGGGCGGGCCAGUCCAUAGCAUCAAUGCCUUCCUCUUGCAGGAACUGCUGACACACUCCAGCCACAUGAGGUCUAGCAUUGUCUUGCAUUAGGAGGAACCCAGGGCCAACCGCACCAGCAUAUGGUCUCACAAGGGGUCUGAGGAUCUCAUCUCGGUACCUAAUGGCAGUCAGGCUACCUCUGGCGAGCACAUGGAGGGCUGUGCGGCCCCCCAAAGAAAUGCCACCCCACACCAUGACUGACCCACCGCCAAACCGGUCAUGCUGGAGGAUGUUGCAGGCAGCAGAACGUUCUCCACGGCGUCUCCAGACUCUGUCACGUCUGUCACAUGUGCUCAGUGUGAACCUGCUUUCAUCUGUGAAGAGCACAGGGCGCCAGUGGCGAAUUUGCCAAUCUUGGUGUUCUCUGGCAAAUGCCAAACGUCCUGCACGGUGUUGGGCUGUAAGCACAACCUCCACCUGUGGACGUCGGGCCCUCAUACCACCCUCAUGGAGUCUGUUUCUGACCGUUUGAGCAGACACAUGCACAUUUGUGGCCUGCUGGAGGUAAUUUUGCAGGGCUCUGGCAGUGCUCCUCCUGCUCCUCCUUGCACAAAGGCGGAGGUAGCAGUCCUGCUGCUGGGUUGUUGCCCUCCUACGGCCUCCUCCACGUCUCCUGAUGUACUGGCCUGUCUCCUGGUAGCGCCUCCAUGCUCUGGACACUACGCUGACAGACACAGCAAACCUUCUUGCCACAGCUCGCAUUGCUGUGCCAUCCUGGAUGAGCUGCACUACCUGAGCCACUUGUGUGGGUUGUAGACUCUGUCUCAUGCUACCACUAGAGUGAAAGCACCGCCAGCAUUCAAAAGUGACCAAAACAUCAGCCAGGAAGCAUAGGAACUGAGAAGUGGUCUGUGGUCACCACCUGCAAAACCAGUCCUUUAUUGGGGGUGUCUUGCUAAUUGCCUAUAAUUUCCACCUGUUGUCUAUUCCAUUUGCACAACAGCAUGUGACAUUUAUUGUCAAUCAGUGUUGCUUCCUAAGUGGACAGUUUGAUUUCACAGAAGUGUGAUUGACUUGGAGUUACAUUGUGUUGUUUAAGUGUUCCCUUUAUUUUUUUGAGCAGUGUAUAUUGUAGAGGUAUUUUGGGGCUCAAAGCUCAGUCCAUAGGUUGUGUAGAAUGUUAAAUACUCUCUUUGUCUGAGCAGUUUAUCUUAUACACAGGUUUAUCAAAGGACACUGAGUUGAAGGAGUUGGUGUCUAACAGUAAUUGUCAUUGCCUUGAAUCGCCAAGGUCAUGGGUUCAAAUCCCAGCCAAUGUCGUUUUAACAUGAACCUACUCUCUUCAGAUGUCAACCUUUUUAAUAUACCAAGUGUUUCCUAGUUAGUGUGAAGGGGUCUGUGGCGAUGGUAGAUGCUCCCUGCCUCACACAGAUGAGGUUGCUGGUUGGAAUCCCUGUCCCGGCUCUGGAUUGAAGAGGACCACCCUUCAUCUCUGAGAUGGGGAGCGAAGAGAACAGAAGAGGAGGCAUGGUCCCUGUAUUCAGAGAUAUAAAUGCAGAUGGUUAUGCAAUAAUUAACCAGAAAAACACCAUGGUUAAAUCUUGAAGAAUUUUUUUUUUAUUGUUUAGUCUUUGCUUCUGCUUGCCUUGAACUCUACCCACUUCGCCACCUCCGGUUGCUACCUUCCUUCACCUCCAUACUUGAACUGUUCUGUGUCAGUUGCUGGAGUUUCAGCUGGUCUAGUUUGCUCACUUCUUUGGACUCUCUCACCAUUUUUCCAAAAGACGCUUCCCACUGCUAAUCACCGCCCCCCGCCCCAGAGUCUCUGCCAAGUCUUUCCCUAUGGACUCUGCUUGGAUUCGAGCCCACAACCUCUCCACUGAGAGGCACAUGAUUUUCGCUAAUGCCACCCUCUUUCAUGACGUCUUGGGCUCCCUCAACAUAAGGUUUUAGUCCGAAAAGGGGAAAAACAAGUAUGUUCUUUGUACCUUUUGGCAUAGCCUCUGUGCCACAGGAGAAGGCUAUCUUGAGGCUAUGCCUUAGCUACAGACCUACUCGGGUUUUGAACUAUCAUCAUCUUGCUCUGCAAGCUAGUGACAAUUCCACUCAGCCACUGCAGGAUUUAGAUAAUAGUGAUAAAAAAAAGACUUUAAAGUUACUCAACAUUCAACCCAAAGCAUCAAUGGAGAGAGAAAACAGACUUGAAGUCCCCCCCCACCCCACCUCUCACUGUUUAUUAGUUCAGUAUCCUCAUAUUUCAGUGGUCCUCCUUAAACAGCAUCUUUCUUACGCUCAGGUUUUAUUCCAUGAUGAACACCGGUACACUGACGUUUCACAUUACGUGUUCCUCAGUUACCUGAGUACUGCACUUAUAACCUAGUGGCCUAAUGAGACACUGCAACAAGAACAGGAAAAUAACAGAUUAUAAUCUAAAUAAUAGCAAAUAGCUCAAAAUAAUAAUAUGGUGUAGAGUUUGAUAGGCGUUGGCCUAGAUUCAAUCAGAUUAAGCGUUAACCGGCGAUAGCUGACACCCGCAUAGCUGAUGUUUUGGCGGUGUAACUGCAAUUGGAGCUGCGCUUGAUCAUUGUCAUGAAGCCACACCUGUCCCACUCGCGUUAAAGUUCAGAACGAGAAAUAAUUACGCUCAAAUAGAAAACAUUAUUUAAUUUCAUGAUUUUCAAUCAGCCUAAUGGAGCUGUAAUUACAUCUCACAUUCCAGUGUUUGAAAUUGUAAACAAGGCUGCAUGGAAUUUCUCUUAAUGUGACUCCAUGCAGCCAAUAGCAAUGUCCGCUUUAGGUAUAAUGACGGGAGCCGCUUGUGGAUUUGACAGCGCUAACGCAGUUCCACCUCCGACACCACCAAAACAACCUCUAUGCAGAUGUCAGCUAAACCAGAACUGAUUGAAUAGAGCCCUGAGACAAAUGCUUUAAAAAAAUGUUGUAUAUACAUAUGUGGACAAAAAGUAUUUGGGGUUUCUGUAUUUAGCCGCAGUCAUUCAUUUGGGUGUUACAGAAUGCAAGUAUUCCUUAUGUAUGAAUAAGUCCUCUUGUCCCUCCUAACCCAAUGUUGUCAUUGUCCUUCAGGAAACUGGUCCAGAGGUCCACUGUGUCGGUUCUGGAUGAACACAUCAGCCAUUAUCCCCAGCUGGAGGACCCUACUGGCUUCCUCAACGCCUACUUUAGCUUCAUCAAUGCCUUCUGAGCAACCUCACCAGCAUUAGACAAUCUGAACUUGACAUCUGCGAGCAUAACCUGGGUCAUGUUCAUUCGGGCUCACAACGGGAAGGAUUUAAAACGUUUUGCAAUGGGAAAACAAAAAUAUGAAUUUCUUAUUGGAGUCC